GUGUGAUGUGCUUGGUCGCGCAACGGAACAGCCAUCGUCGUUGUCGUCGUCGUCGUCAAAUCGCAAUCCCAUCCUCAGCCUCAGCGUCUAGGAAAUAGUGCGAAUCAAGAGCAGGAAGCAGCGGUCCGUGGUUCGAGGUGCGAGAUUCGAGACUCUAGCAUCGAGAUCCGUGGCGUGGGAGCGGGAGCGUGUGGGUGCAGACAGCAGCGUAGUCGCUCGUAAAAUCAGACAGCAGCAGCACGGCAACGGGAACGGGAACGGAAAGGGGAACAAGAACUGCUGCCUGAUUUUAUGUUAUGUGUCAGUUUCCGUUCAGUGCGCUUCUCUGCCCGUAAAUUUAUUCCAAACGUAAACGUAAAACAGCGAGAAAAAUAAAGUAAAAUUCAACAACAAAAAAAAAGGGGAAAGAAAAACAAACAAAAACACAAGCGACAAACGUGCGACGGAUUUCCGCGCCAAGACACCAUCAAAACAAAAGCUCCAGCAACAGGAAGCGGGCUAGGAAGUCACCAUCAGCCAUCUGAGCCAUCAGACUGCCAAUUGUGCAGCAGGACGCGUGCUGCAGGAUUGCCUGCGCCAGUGUCUCCCGCAGCAGCAGCAGCAACAGCAACAUCAGUAGCGGCUUUACAGUAGCAGGAGCAGCAACUUGUUUUUUACAUCCAUAAGUUCCUUUGUGCAUUAUGCACGACACCGGCAAGCCGUCCCCCACCGCAACCACCAGCCCCACCAUCCCGCCCAGCAAGAUGACAGCAACGCCCCAGUCACCAGCUGGUCUGGAUCCCCAGGCCCCAACGGACGACGAGGACGAGACCGAUGUGAUCGGUGACCUAAUGGGCCACUACGGCAAAUGGCAGCUGCUGAUGACCGUGCUGCUGUCGCUCUUCCAGGUGCCCAACACCUUUCACAUAUCCUCUUCAAUUUACCAGGCGGCCAACAAGGACUUCUGGUGUCAGCGGCCAGAGGAACUGCAGCAGCUGCCAGUGGACGUCUGGCGCAAUCUCACCGGCUCCCUUGACAACUGCCACCGUUGGGAGGGCAUCGACUGGAGUCAGGUGGGCAAUGGCACAGCGAUGCCCACAGAGUGGAAGAAACCACCAGAUGGGGAUAGGCAGUUGGUGGCCUGCGAGAAAUGGGAGUACGAGACGCAUGACAAUGUGGGCAACACCUGGACAUCGGAGUGGGAUCUGGUGUGCGACAAGGAGCACCUGAAGAACGUGGCCGAGAUGUUCUUUCUGCUGGGCGUGGCAACAGGUGGCAUCCUCUCCGGCUAUUUAUCGGACAAGUUCGGGCGCAAGAAAAUGCUCUUCAUAUCGGCCGUGCUGCAGACCCUAUUCGGCCUCUGGCUGUACAUCUGCAGCUCCUUUGAGCUCUACUUGACGCUCCGUGCCCUGCUGGGCCUGGUAUCCGUAUCGGUCACCUACUCGGGCCUGAUCCUGGCCAUCGAGUAUGUGGACGGCAAGUGGCGGACUCUUGCCGGAAUGUACAACCUGUUUCCACUGCCAAUAUCGUACAUGAUCAUCUCGGGCCUGGCCUAUCUUACCCAGGACUACCAGCGCCUGCAGCUGUGCAUCGGGGUUCCCGGCAUCUUCCUCUGCCUUCUCUGGUUUGUGGUACCGGAAUCACCGCGCUGGCUGCUGGUCAAGGGUCGACUCGACGAGGUGCGUCGGAUUAUUGAGGCAGCCGCCAAGUUCAAUGGACGUCAGCUGCCCCCCGAUUAUCAGCUGACGCCGCCGACGCAGGAGAGCAGCUCGCAGGACGUCACCUACCUGUUCCGCUCCAGCUACCUGCGCCGCAUCUCCAUCUGCUUCUUCUGCAUCUGGUUCACCAUGAAUCUGGUCUACUACGGCAUCAUUCUCAACAUGAGCUCCUUCGGCGGCAAUGUCUACUUGAAUUCGGCGCUAGCUGGCCUAGUCGAAAUACCCGCCAUCGCCGUGGCCAUGUACAUCAUCACCAAGGUGGGCAAGAAGUGGCUCUUUUGCGCCACUUUCAUCUGUACCGGCGUCGCCUGCUGCUGCGCGGCAAUCACCGAGGGCCAGCCGGAAAUGCUCUGGCUGAAGAUCACAUUCCUGAUGAUAAGCAAGUUCACCAUCAGUGCGGGCAACACUAUAAUGCCGGUCUACACGGCGGAGCUCUAUCCGACGCCCAUACGCAACGUUGGCGUAGGCGCCUGCAAUGCGGCCGCUGGCCUGGCCCUAAUUCUCACUCCCUACCUGUCGCUGUUGAACAAGAUCGAGGGUCACUUGCUGAUGAGCCUGCUAACCGCCUGGAGCAUCUUCGGCGGCGUCGUUGUGCUUUUCCUGCCGGAGACCGCUGUGCGCUCGAAAGCUAUGACCAACCAGGGUGGCGCCAAUGCCCACAAUGCCCAUGCCAAUGCCAGUGCAGCCAAGCAGGUGUAAUGACCGCUGAUGCCCAAGUAAACCCUACCACUUGCUCGCCGCCCCACCUGAAGGAAGAGUGUACUUUGGCUGGUCCAAAAGUACAUUGAAAAUGAGCUGUCUCUGCCCCCACCCUGACCCUAGUCCCAGCCUACCCCACCUGCUGCAUCUGCUGCUGCACUUGCUCACCUGCCCACCUGCCACGCUUCUAAGCCACCUGCAAUUAACGGUAAUCGAUCCAAUGAAAGUCCAAGAGUAAUGCCAAUUCGCUAGAGAAUGUCGUAUGUCAGGCAGGACCUUGUUUGCGUAGCACGUAGUGAGUAUGUAUCUUAACAAUUAACUAACAACCAUGGCUUGUAGCUUAUGUCGUAGUCUAAGUACACACACUGAUCAGUGAUCGCUGAUCGUCACCAGGAACCCUCGAAAUAGUUUAAGUUCUUCGGUGAUCAACCGGAGGUAAGAAACGGAAACUUAGGGAGGAAUUGCAAAUGCUAUUUAUUUGUAAUAUUACUGACUAAUAAUUUUAAACGUUUUUAUUUGAUUUAAAUAGUUAAAUCUUAAUCAAAAUUGAAGAUAUAAUAUUUUUUAAUAAGUAAAAUAAAUAAAUUCAUUACUUGACUCUCCUUAUUUACCUUAAAAAUUAUGUAUUCCUAGAUUUUUAUGUAAAGAUUCAGUUAUUUUGAGUUUAUAUCAUAUAUCUUUUUAUUUUGACUCUUUUUUUAUUUUUUUGUUUUAUUUACAUGUUUCAAUAAUAUAUUUUUGUAUUUCAUUUUGCAUUUUUAUUAAUUAAAAAUUGAAUUAAAAUUCUCCGUUUGGUGCUCCUCCCUAAGAAAAGUUUCUAAAUGGAUAAAUAAUAGCCCAGUAAAAUACCCUUAAACGUAUAGCCUUACAAUUACUGUAUUGCUAAUCUAAUUACAAACGAAUCAAUGUUCGCACAGCAAACACAAAAAAAAAACAAACAAACAAACAAAAAUAUAUUCUUGUCAAUACGUCUUGUCAAUAUCUCAACGUACACAUAAUCUCGUCGUUGUCGUUGUCGUCGUCGUCGUCGUCGUUGUCUUCUUGUUGUCUAUUAAUAAAUGUUUUUUCCCAAUACGAGAUCAAUAAGAAACGAAGCUGAAAGCAGACUCCAGCGGCAAAUUGUAAUCUCUAGUAAUCGUAGUCAAUUAAUCCUUACCAUAUAUACUUAUAUAUGUACCACAGAUCAGUCUCUAAGCAUCGGUCAAUUAUGGAUUUGUAUAUAUGUCUGUUUGUGUGCAGGGACAUGGAACAUACAAGGAGUUUUAUUGUUUAAAGAGCCAUCAAUGAAUAUAUAUAUAUGUAUAUGUAUAUGAAGAGAACUAAAUCAAUUUCCAAUAUAAUGCAUUUAACAAUGUAUACAAUUAUGUGUAUAUGGAUACGUGUGCGUUUGUGUAUGAAUAUUUAGUGAAAAUAAAAACAGAUCAAGAAACCAAAACAGAAGCAAUCAAUUAGACAACACAAAACUGUUGAAUUACUUGUUGUACUUAUUAAAAACCUACCAAGUUGUUAUUUGCUCAUUGUACGUGUAUUUUUUGUAUUAUUUUUCGUAUUUUUAUUUCGCCUAUUUAACUUGUAUGUUGAACUUCUGUUGCCUAUUGUACUUACCCGUUAAGGAUCAGGAUCAGGAUCAGCUUCGUUAUGUAUUUGUUAUAAGUCAGUUUUCUAAGCUUCAAAUAAAUGGAAGAAUACUAGAAUCUAAUACGAAAUUUAAUUAACUGAUAAGUUGGACGGUGUUGAGCGAAUCUAAAAACACUUGAAUAAAUUUAUGAAAAUUGUUGUAAAUCAAAAUUACCAAAGCAAACGCGAUUAUAGUGUCAAAAUAAAGUAUGAAUAAAUAGAUAACUUUGAA